UCCUAGAGAAACAGAAGCACGGCCCGGUGAGGUUGUAAACUCGGAUAGAAUCAUGGAUGUAGAUUCCACAAAACGUCGUGUGGUCCUGGCAAUGGACGGGAGUGAAUAUGCGGACUAUGCUUUUAACUGGUAUGUGGAGAACUUUAAGAUGGAUGGAGACAUUGUAACGAUUGUCCACAGCUUCGAAGCUAAAAGUAUUGCGCACGCAGCUUUAGGGUCAGAUGUCAAGGCUUUAGGAAACGUUCUAGAAGAGGAGGCAAAAGAAAGUAAAGCUCUGAUGCAAAAGUUACAGGCCAAGUUAGCUUCAGUAUCUGGUUUGAAUGGAGAAGUUAAAUCCGUCCAUGGAAAACCCGGUGAAGCAGUAGUCCAUGAAGCGCAUGCGCAAGGUGCUGAUGUUAUAAUCUGCGGAACACGUGGCCACGGAAAAUUACGAAGAACCUUUAUGGGUAGUGUCAGUGAUUACAUCGUCCAUCAUUCCCAUGUACCCGUUGUCGUCUGCCGCCACAAGGACCAUCACCAUGGUAAAGGUCACGGUCAUUGAGUGACGUCAUUUCCUUUUGUCCGAAGAAGUCCACAGAAACUGAUUCUUCAUUGGCCAAACUACAACAAUAUACUGGUUGUGUGUUCUACAAGCGAGAGAUAUUUUUAUUUCUAUAUUUGGGCAUAUUAAUAUUUUACUUUGUAUGUGAUUUGAGUGUUUGUUGAAUUAAUUUGUUGAAGUUUAUAGUUCACAAUGUACUUUAUACAUGUAAUAACAUCUACAUGUACACGUACCUUUAGGCAACGAUAAAAUUAGAGUUUUUAUAUUACUGACUGCUAGUUAUUAAGGAUUACGUUAUAUAACUAUGUAACAUGUAUAACUCUGGGAAUCAAAGUAUUCUUUAAUUCUGCAUGAUAAUUAAUUACGUUAGGUCAGUACGAGAUAUGUAUUCAGCAUAUAACAACGUAUAUACAUGUCCAUUUAUGUAGGCUAUAUUAUGUAGACUAUAUAUGUGUGAAACAAAUUUAAUUUGGUCACUAGCUAUAGUAUCUAAAAUAUUAGAUUUUGUUUCCAAAUAAAGUGCCAUUUAUUUAU